GGAACAACAAGAAGGAAACAAUCUAGAAGAAGGAAACAAAACAUAGACAUCAGAGAGUUUGUUUUUAAAGGGACGCAAGUGAAGAUCCAGUAGAGACUAGAGAGUACAAGAAAAUAACAGUUAGUGACAGUAGAUUACAGGAUCUUUCUUCUUCUUCUUUCUAAUUUCUACAUCACAGAUUCUAUUUAAGAUUUUCUGAUAUGUAAUAAACUUAUUGGUUAUCUACAUUGAAGCUCUUGUGCUAUAUAUUGUUUCUAUCAAAGAGAUAUAUUGUUUCUUUUUAAAUAUAUAUAUAAAUUUUUUAGUUAGGGUUUAGAUUUGAUCAGCUGUGGCAACGACGAGGAGACAUAAUCUACCAACGUCAGAUUCCGGUGCCUUCACCGACUGGGCGGCGACAACGACGACAUCUUCACGCGCCACCGAGGAUCUUUCUCUUGGUUUUAAUGCUGGUGGUCCAGCUGUCGUCCACGGUGGUUUAGCCUCAGCUUCUGCCGCCGCCGGCGUUCCAUCAUGGCCUCCCGGAUCCUCCGUCCGUUAUGGCCUCCCGUCGUCGGCGGCGGAGAUGGGUAUGGUCGGUCUAAGAGACGUCUACCUUGUUGCUCCGGCCUACCACCACCACCAGAACGCCGGAGUUGUGUCUGAAUCCCAUCAGAUCAACAGUAAUGCAGCUCUCGGCGUUGGAAUGAUUCCUCUUCUCACGUCGGCUCCGACGAACGUGGAAGACACCGACAUUAACUUCCUCGGAGAUAGCCGGAGAUGGCAGAACAAUAACAACAACAACAACAACAACCAGACGCAGUAUCUUCACUUCAAGAGUACUCACCAGACUAGCUCGAACAACUCGGGGUCUGGCUCGGCCGCGUCGGGAACCGCCACGUGUCAAGACUGUGGAAACCAGGCGAAGAAAGAGUGUAAGCAGAGGCGGUGCAGGACGUGCUGCAAGAGCCGUGGCUUUGAUUGUUCGACUCACGUGAAGAGCACGUGGGUCUCCGCGGCUCGUAGGAGAGAAAGGCAAGUUAUGCCUAACGUUAAUCCAACGGCUGGCUCUUCGACCUCCUCAGGGAACAAGAGGGCGAGGAUUGUUGGGUCUCAACAACAACAACAACAACAAGCCACUUCUCAUACUUCAACUUCUAACACGCCUCCUCAAAGUUUCGAUACUAGCUCCAGCCGCCAAGAUGGAGGGACAAGAGAAGCUUGGCCGGGGCAGGUUAGGGCUGCGGCGGUGUUCAAGUGUGUGAAAGUGACGGCAGUGGAGGACGGGGACGACGAGUAUGCAUACCAGGCGGUGGUGAAAAUCGGUGGCCAUGUCUUUAAAGGCUUCUUGUAUGAUCAAGGGCUUGAACCUAAAGAAGGUUUUCCUAAUAUGUCGGACUUGCAUUUAGGUGGGGGAGGCAAUAACAAUAACGGAGUGUCUGUCUCACAGCCUAUUCUAGAUCCGCCGCCAAAUGUCUAUGGUGGUGGUGGUGGUUCAGGCGGUGGUUUUUACGGUUAAACUAUCUUAACAAUUUCAUUAUUUGAAAGAGAAGAUGUAAUGUGUUAAAAAAAAGAGAGGACAUGAAUCUUAUUUGGUGUUUUUUUUCUUUUCUAUUUGCGAAUGGGGUUGGAUACAGAACUGGUUGGAUACAAAAGAAUUGCCCCAUGUGGACGAAUCAUGAUGCAACAAACAUUCUUGGCAUAUUUUUAAUUGUUGUUUUAUGUUUUUUUUUGUUUAUAUUUCGUUGAACACAAAAUUGUUUUGUUUCUGUUUCGUUUGAUACAGAGUGAAUGCAUUUCUCCAUGAAUUUUAUAAUGA